CCCCACCUCCCUCCUGCAAGCCAGAUACAUCCAGGUGUAUAAAACGGGGACAGAACCGACGGCGAACAGGAACAGGCAGACAGAGGCAGACUGGGUCAGCAGUUUGGAGCUACAAGCAGCUGUAUAGGAUCAAGAGAAGAACCGACGAUCGCAACUUUCCGCAGAGCAAAUGUGUAAAGCGAUGGUACAACGGACCGGCCCCCACCUGCUUCUCCUAAUAGCCCUGUGCAGUGUGUUAUACUCCCGGACUCUGAGUCUGCCGUACACAUCCACGAGACCGACGAGACAUGCAGACGGUUUGUUCACCAGUGGAUACAGCAAACUCCUGGGGCAGCUGUCGGCGAGGAGGUACCUGGAGUCUCUGAUCGGGAAGCGCGUCAGUGAUGACCUGAUGGAGCCGGCGAAGCGCCACACAGACGCCAUCUUCACAGACAACUACAGCCGCUUCCGGAAACAGAUGGCGGUCAAGGAGUACCUGAACUCUCUCCUAACGGGAAAGAGAAGCCUAGAAGAUCCUGGAACCAGCGAAGCAGAAGAGUCCAGGGAUGAACCCACCUCUUUCCAGGAGCGCUACGAUAACAUCAACGUAGACCACCUCCUAAACAACUUUCAGCUGCCACUUUGAGGAGGGGUCCACGUUGGAAUGAAUACCUCAUCUCAUCUUAUAAAAAUGCUAUUUACAAAGCAAACAAACAAAAAAGAAAUAAACACAUUUAAAAAUAAAAAUGCACACACAUGGUAUUCGAUGCAAAGGACAUUCACAACGGGAUCGGUGUGGCUAUUUAUCUAUCCAUCUACCCAGUACAUGUUUACACUGUAUGUAUUCAGAUCAUGGUAACGGUUAAAGAUUCUACAGGCAGCACUGAGUAACGUGUGUCUCUGUGUGUGUGUGUGUGUGUGGUGUGUGGGUGUGUGUGUGAGCGCGCGCAGGUUUGAUUGGUCAGAAAUGCUACGAGAAGAGUUUAUUUAAAACAGGGGCCACUUUUAUCUGUUUUCAGAUUUCGUUCUUUUUCCCAAAAGUUUCUCACAUUGGCGUCAAUUUUUUUUUUCCUUUCGAAGACGAACAUCCCGAUUUCCAAAGACGAUUCUCAAACUGCGUGACGUCUUAAGGAAUCCUCACAGAUUUACAUUUGGAGACAAUCUGCUAGAGUCCAUUUGAUUUUCAGUGGCAUGCAUCUCCAUAAGCUUUUAUUUUUCUUUUCUUUUGAAGAAUACAUAGACAUCACAAAUUUUGCUAUUAUGUUGAACUUGUUGCAUUUCCUGUUUUUGUCUUAAUGUCUACAAAAAAUGGUGUUUAAAUUGGAAAGUUCAGAAACAAAAACAGAUUUUGCUCCAAAUUCUGGCCUGAUUUAUUGACUUAACUCGUAAACGUAAAUGCUUUUGGAAUAUUAAUUGUAGAUUUUAACUUUUGGCAAAGCAACUAGGAACUUUGUUUAAAAAAAAACAUUUCCUAGCUAAAUAGUUGGUUGUUCAAUCAACAUCAUUUUGAAAGUUGUGUAAUUGGUGUACCUCUGUGUUUGCAUUAGACCUGUAGCACACAACUCUGUCAUUAAAAUAUGCGUUUAUAAUUAUUAAAUGACUUUAAUUACAAGCCAAUCAUGUUCUGUCAGAUCUUCCAGUUUGUCAGCUGCAAAGGGACUUCCAUUGAUUUCUGCAUAUUGAGAAUUUCAUAGUAUAACGAAAAAUCUGCCAUUUUCUGUUGUCUUUGCAUGUUAAAUGAUAUAAAUUGUAACAAUGGGCUCCGUUCAUUUCUAGUGGUGUUUUCUGGAAUGAUUGUGGGGCGUUUUCAUCGAGUCUGUAAGCGAGUCUUAGGUUGUGAAUGAAGGAGGCUGCAAGGCAAAAGGACGAAACUUGGAAAGGACACAGAUGCAUAUAAUCACUUUAUACUAUUCAACAUAAAGAGCAAAGAGGUUUUCAUAAUGCGUGGAACCGCCUUUGGCACAUAUAAUGAUGAGGACACGUGUGACCAAAUAAAAGAUGUUGGUUUAUUUU